GGGAAAUAUUCUCAUCAUCCUUAUCUUCGUAACAAUUAUCAAUACUUAGAAGAAAGUCCUAAACCCGCCAAAAAAAGUCCCAACUCCUAAACCCAAUCACACCCACCGUCUUUCUGAGCCUAACGGCCUUCCAAUCAGCUAGGGUUUUCACAUUUCGUGGCAGCGGGAAUGGCCUCCUGCACGCUCUCUUCGCUCCCAAUAAUCUCAAACCCUACCAAUUCUUCUUCUCCAACUCUUCCAUGGCGUCUCAACCCGCAUAAUUUAGCGACCUCUCUGUUUGGAAGGAAGCUCUCGAUUCGGCCCUCGAGUUCGAGACGUUUCGUUUCGAAGCAUCGACCAGCCAUCGCCACGGUGCUCUCUAGUCUCCCAACUCUGAAACCAGAGAGGGCUUCUUCUGAGAAAACCCCAAUAUGGUCGGCGAGGGCAAUAAAGUCGUUUGCUAUGGCGGAAUUGGAGGCAAGGAAGCUCAAGUAUCCGAAUACUGGGACCGAAGUGCUUCUAAUGGGGAUUCUGGUUGAGGGAACAAGUAUAGCUGCAAAGUUUUUGAGGGCCAAUGGAAUUACACUUUUUAAGAUGCGAGAAGAAACUGUAAAGUUACUUGGAAAAUCGGACAUGUAUUAUUUCAGCCCUGAGCAUCCUCCGUUAACUGAACCAGCUCAGAGGGCCCUUGAUUGGGCUGUUGAUGAGAAAUUGAAGUCAGGUGAAAAUGGGGAAAUAACAGCAACUUAUCUGCUUCUUGGAAUUUGGUCGGAAAAAGAUUCAGCAGGUCACAAGAUUAUGGCCUCUCUUGGUUUUGAUGAUCAGAAAGCCAAAGAGCUUGCAAAAUCCAUGAAUGAGGAUAUUGUUUUGAGCCAUAAGUAGGGAGGUCAAAAGAUUUUCUUUUUGGGAUACUACUUGCUCGUUGCUUGGACCCUUCUACAAUGCAUGCCCUGAAGAUAUUGCUUCCAGGCGGACUUUGUUAGUGAGGGAGUUGUUCUACACAUGGAUACCUUUCAGAUUUACAUACCAAAUGCUUUUUAACUUAUCUAAAGGUGUUGAAAUUUGCAAAUUUUUGAACAAGGCAGUUUGUGGGAUCUAAAAUCUUGGGCAGGCACCUUUCUUAUUGAUAGAUUUUAUCCAUAGCUUUUGAUUUUCCCGUUAUCCCUGCCUUAAAUGGCUUAGUCUUGAUCUAUAUUCACAAAUCACAUAACUGUUGUAUCGAAAUGUAUCUUUUGGACAGAUUUAUCUUCUGAAAGCUAAAGCAUUCUUAGAACCCUUUCUUCAA